AUGGCCUCGCUUGAGGGCUCUGCGGACGCACCUGCGUUCCCGCAGGACCCGGCGGAGUUUGAUAGCGACCCACGCAUCUCGUGGUCCAAGCUAGAUGAAAAGUUCAUCCUGGAAACAGAGGAUGGACAGGAGUUUGAAUAUGAUACCGGCAUCAAGCGCUGGGUUCAGAAGGUUGAUGAGGAGCUCCUUAAGCAACAACAAGAGGCCUACAAAGUUGCAGGCGUGGAUGAAAAUGAGAUGGUCAACCCCCGUGACAUGAAGAAGCGGAAGUUGCCAGCUGGCGAUGAAAAGGGAAACAAAGCCAAGAAGCCACGUGUAAAUCAUGCGGUUUGGAUCACUGGCCUCCCUCUGGACGCCGAAAAGGAAGAAAUUGAACAAAACUUCGCUCGCUGGGGUGUGAUCGCGAGAGAAAUUGAUAGCGGCGCUCCACGCAUCAAGAUGUACUACGAUGAUAGUGGCAAUUUCAAGGGCGAAGCCCUGGUGGUCUAUUUCCGACCCGAAUCGGUCUCCCUAGCCAUUCAGAUGGUUGAUGAGACUGAUUUUCGCGAGGGCAAUAUUCAAUUGGCAGGAAAGGCACCGAUGAGAGUACAGGCAGCGGAAUUGUCCUUCAAAACCCAAACGGAGGCUCCAGCUAAGUCUGCGCCUCGUGACAGACGGAAGAUCAUGGAGCGUACUGAGGAGUUAAACCGUUUGUUGACUGAUUGGGAUGAUGAUGACCCGCUUGCUCGCAAUAAUAUUCCCGUCCGCCAGGACCGGACUGUGGUCUUGAAAGGCUUGUUCACGUUGGAGGAGCUCCAGACCGAUGUCGAGGCAAUCCUGGAUAUCAAAGAUGAUGUCCGAACCGAAUGCUCUAAAAUCGGAGAGGUCACUAACGUAGUGCUUUAUGAUUUGGAGCCAGCUGGAGUGGUGACUGUUCGAUUUGCCCAGCCCGAGGAUGCACAAACAUGUGUUGAACGGAUGGAUGGUCGAUUCUUUGGCGGCACCCAGAUUAAGGCCUACGUUCAGGUUGGACGUGAGAAGUUUAAAAAGACCAAUGAGCGACGGGCAGCUCUGGAGGACAUGGCGGAGCGGGGCCUUGAUGCCGAGAACGAAGACGAGAACCAGCGCCUGCAGGGUUUCGGAGACUGGUUGGAGAGCGAGAAAUAA